AUCCAUGAAUCAUGGAAUAAAUCCAAUCGAUGCCGACGAUAAUCACAAUCAUCAUCGCAUUCGAAGAGGGGGGAGGGGAAAUAGAAACGAAGCGGAAUGGAAUGUGGGAUGGAACCAAUGUUAAUAGCAACUAUCAUUCACAACUACCACACAAUGUCGUUCCUUCGAGUAAUACGGAACUUUGUAAAUCGCACGGCACAACAUCGAUGGAGCACAAAGGAAAAUAUUGGCAUUGGAAUGUAUUCAUGCACAUACCGCCGUACUGGAGAAACGAAGAACACCAAUCGUGUUUCUAAUUGACAUCGGUAUGUAUCAUUUAUUCAUUUUUCCCUUUUUUCAUUGUAUGAAGAUGCUGAAAAUUGGAAGCAUCCACCAGAUUCUUGACGAAGGAAAGUUAUUUUUCUCCAUUCCCAGCUCAAUUGUCGGUAUUCAUUUUUAUAAUAGGUGUGCAUUUCAUCUAUCAUUCUUUUCCGCAUAGAUUCGAUUGCCUCGAGGAGAAACACAACUUCUAACAGCCAUCAAGUCAAACGCUAGCUUUGUUUCAUAUCAUGAGACGCUCCUCCAGGUUGGAAUUUCAUUCCUGAGUACAAUACUGUAACACAUCAGCAUGCCCAUUGCAAAACAGGAACAAUGGAGUCGCAUUGAAACGCAAUUCACAAGUCAUUGGCCGUUCAUUCAUCUAUCCCUUUGUCUGAAAUCGUACUUGCAGCACUUGCUGGCGGCUUUCCGCCCAAAGGAUUCGGGCUGUAGCAGUUGCGCUGGAUCCGACGGUGGGAGUCGCGGAAGGGAUACUACUCUGAUUACUGCCGAUAACCUGGAUCCAUAGAAUGGGUACUCUUUCCCCUUUGGCCUUCAAUAGGAGCUCCCCAUCUUCUUGGAAUAUGUGCAGGUUGUUUGCAUCCCGUGCAUACUCCUCAGCAUCGCGAGAGAAGAUUGCAUACCGUACAUUACCUCACAGCUGUUGGUGGAUUCGGGUUCAACAAAACGGCUGCACUGUCGCAGGAUGGGGACGGGGCGUCGUGUUGAGGAGACUUGGAAUCUCCAGCAGAUCGGUGGAACGCCGGCAACGUCGGCCAGGUCCUUGCCCGGAUUCUCGAGGGCAGCCACAAAUUCCUCGCUGCACCCUUCGCGACACUCGAGGAUAAAAAAUGUUGGGGACAGGUCGGGUUCUUUGUGGGCUUCCUGGUAGACCUUCGAAUUGGGUCAUCCUCAGGUUUGUGGGUGGGGCAUCUGGUGGGCCUCGGGGGCAGCCCGGGUGGGACGACGCGGGGUUUUUCUCGAUGGUCUUAAAAUGGUGCAACGAGUGGGUUCCCUCGAUGGUCUUCGAGACAGGGCCUGUGGAUGCGCGGAUGUGUCUGCAUGUGAUCGAUUACCGUCACCGUGGCCAUGCUGAUAAACUACCGAAAAUACGAAUUGCAUUAUUCUCAAGUUCUACAGUACGGGAUAAAAAUUUACUUAUUUUUUAGUUGUUCAUCUAAAUUAUUUCACUAGAUACUUCGUCCAGAAGAAAACCGGCGAGGAACAUGCAACAAAGGGAGAGACACGCCGUGUUUUGGAUCACGUGGAGAAGCGUCUUGCAGUUGUCGAUGGAAUUGGCUUAUCGUGUCUUGGACAAUCGGCAAGAAGACUCUCCUUUCGAUUCUACAGUUAGAGUGCACCAGGCCAGCACGUACCGCACUUCUUAGGACAAAAGUGAGAGACAGUUUUGGUUCUGCCUUGUCGUUUUGCGGGAUCGUUGCAUCUGCUUGCGUUGACUCUCCUGCACUUGGUUAGGAAUCCAUCAAUUCUAAACACUCGUCUCGAGUUCUUGCAAACGCACUUGAGCUUACAGGAUGAUUUGCAGAAUUUUUUCACCUUUCUGUUCCUACGUGUGCUGUCCUUGCGGUUGCAACGAAUUUCUGGGUUGUUCCCGGCCCAUUGACAGUCCUUUCCUUCCUCCCCUUCGAACAAGUAGUUCACCUUGUCUCUGGUGCAAAACCUGGUCAGGUCGAUGGUAGGGCUCAAGCUUGGGGGUGAAGAGGGGCUACUGGAUGGUGCGUCGGAUGGUGCGUCGGACGGUGCCGCGGAUGGUUCCGAGGAUGGUGCCACGGAUGGCGACGCGGAUGGCGCAUCGGAUGGCGCCGCGGAUGGUUCCGAGGAUGGCGCAGCGGAUGGCGACGCGGAUGGCGCAGCGGAUGGCGCCGCGGAUGGCGCCGAGGAGGGUGCCGAGGACACGGUUGGUGCACCGGAUGGUGACUCAGAGGGCGACGCAGAGGGUGCUGCGGAGGGCGACGCGGAGGGUGUUGCAGUUGGCGACGCGGAGGGUGCCGCGGAUGGAGCCGCAGAGGGAGAGGCAGAGGGCAUCGCGGAUGGCGCCGCAGAGGGAGAGGCAGAGGGCAUUGCAGAGGGAGCUGCAGAGAGAGAGGGCAUUCCAGAGGGCAUUCCAGAGGGUGCUCCAGAGGGACUACCAGAAGGCACGAUGGAGAGAGAGGGCAUUCCAGAGGGCAUCCCAGAGGGAACAGAAGAGGGAACUUCAGAGACAGAUGGCAUUCCUGAGGGCAUCCCAGAGGGAACCAUAGAGGGCAUACCAGAGAGAGAGGGCAUUCCAGAGGGCAUUCCAGAGGGCAUUCCUGAGGGCAUUCCAGAGGGCAUUCCUGAGGGCAUCCCAGAGGGAACCGUUGAGGGAAUCAUGGAGGGCAUCCCAGAGAGUGAGGGCAUCCCAGAGGGCAUUCCAGAGGGCAUUCCUGAGGGCAUCCCAGAAGGAACCGUUGAGGGAACCAUGGAGGGCAUCCCAGAGAGAGAGGGCAUCCCAGACGGCAUCCCAGACGGCAUCCCAGACGGUGUCGAGGAUGGUUCUUGUGCAUGAGCAUACCCGAUGAUUGCCAGGGCAGCGAUGGUGGCAGUGGAAAAGCGCAUGUUGGAGUUAGAUUAGUCCAGUAUAUUAUUCUAUUGAUCGGUUAACACGGUAGUCCGAUCUUUUGUAAAAACGUUCUGUUUGCUUUUUGUGACAAAUGGAAUUCUUUGAGCAAUUAAUUUUCGAAUUCGGUGUUGCGGUUUUCACACGCACCUUCAUGUAUUUUGCCACGAGGUACGUACAGGUAGCUGCCGUAUCCAAAUUGAGCACUACGCUCGUGACUUGCAUGCGUAACAUUUACUAGUAGGAUUUAACAUGAUAUUGUGGUACUGUACCGGAUUUCCCGCUAAUUCUGACCAAGAAUUCAUACGAACGAGACUGGUCGUGAAACAAUCGUGAUGUUGUUUACGGUAUUGUAAAGGAAACGUUUUACUUUAGAACUGUGUAGAAGGCGAAGAUAAAAGAAUUCUGAAUCAAAAUCAUAUCUUGGGACUUUAAGUCGCUCGCCGAAAAAACUUUCCGUUGAGGCUCAAGGAUUCGUGUUUGUUUUCUGUUAAGGUUCAAACAUUGUAAUUAAUUUACUGAAUAUAAUUGAAUAGUCGAAGAUAAAAAAGACCACUUCAACUCUGAUAAGCUCUUUCUGGAUCGAGCAAGACUUGCUCUUUCCGCCAACAAAAGGAUUUUGGAUUUUAGUAUCAUUUUGAGUACUACUCCAGUCAUUUAGUAUCCAUCAUGUGAUAAAAAUGGAUCCUUGAUUGAACAAUGCGUUGAAGAUUCCCAACGAGUUAACGUAGAGUACGAGGUACCCGUAUGUAACGAUGGGGAUUAUUCGGCGCCUAAUAUUUUGAAGCUCUACUGGUCCUUAGGUAAUAAAUACACUAAUGUAACCGUUCAGUACGAGUAUACGUAUCACUUUUAUCGCGCCUAUUGGGUCUUUGAUGUUGAGCGGCAGGGGUCAUAAAUUUAGAUAUGCCAAUCUAAAUUUAGAUCUAAAAUUGAUGAUCCGUGAUGAGCAGUUGGCAAAACGUACCGGUAGACCAAAAGGACAGGUCGAACAGUCGAUUUAAAAAAAUCUUGACACGCCUGGUUGUAGUUACGUACGUACGUACCGUGCUGUAUGCUGAAACUGUUUCCAGAGACUGACUCGAAUCUCUGUCUGAACAGAACUUUUAGUCCUGCUAUUAGUAGUACUCGUACUAGUAACCGCUCCGCAGCAAGAACAAUUUCAGCUUGCGUCAAAAGGCACAGAACUCGUGGACCCUUGAGAAGAAAGAACAACUACUACUAGUAGAAGCUACUAGUAACAACAAGAACGUUCUGCUGGGAUAGUAUGUUACUAGUACAAUCUUGACCAAUUUAUGUUGAAUCAUCACUGCGACGAAGACUAGAUUGUAGUGGUGUCCAAUCUUUUGUUGCACACCAUGUAUCAGCAAACAUUAUGAUCCUCACAAAAAUUGUUCAUUUUUGUUAAACAUUCUACUAGCAGUACUACUAACUCCUAUUUCUACUAGUAGUAGGUAGUAGUAUUGUCGUGAUGAUGAUGAUAAUGGUGACGGUGUAACGAACCACUACAAGAAAAAAAUGUUUUACUA